CACAGGGCAACACAAACAGUGCGAGCAGACGUGCGUUUAGAUUGCGUGUAGCUACCGAUGCAAACCGUGACGCAAUAGAUUUAGAUUUGCUCAGAUAAUUGUUCACAUUUUUAUGUUGUAUAUGUCUUGUUAACAAAACACCCAACGGAAAUUAAUUUAUUAUGUGAAACAACGUUUAUUGAAUCAAGUUACAAUUUGAGAAACGGACCAGACGAUCUUAACUAUUUGUGCGAUUCAGGUUGAUUGCACCGUUUAAGAAACAAUUCAUCUACGGACUCUGUCAACGUUCAUUCCAGUGUAAAGAGUCGCGGCAAAGCUUUAUUCGAGAAAUAAAAUAAAAACUUCUUUUGAAUUUUUCAAAAUGGUCGACAAACGAGAACGGAAAUAGGUUUUACUAUUAAAAUCUCAACAAUAAAUAAAAUAAAAAUAAAUAAGGACCAUACAACUCAAGUAUGCGCAUGAACGAGAAGCGGCGAGGUGAGGUGAAGUGCGUCAUCGUCGGCGACGGCGCGGUCGGCAAGACGAGCAUGCUGAUGAGCUACACCACGGGCGGCAUCAUGAUGGACUACAUCCCCACGUGCUUCGACUGUUACACAGUGGACGUGUCUGUUGGCGAAAUGCAACACACCAUGAGCAUCAUAGACACAGCCGGACAGGAGACGUACGAUCGAUUGAGGACCCUCUCGUACUACGACACCGAUAUUUUCGUCAUCUGCUUUUCGGUAGAAGACGAAGAUUCCUUCAACAACGUUAAAACAAAAUGGAUUCCGGAAAUACGUCAGUACCGACCGGGAACACCGUUUAUUCUCGUAGGCACGAAACGCGAUCGCAGAAACUCUACGUUAGAAUCGAGCAGAUUGUCAGCGCAGACGACGUCUGUUUCAUACGAGAAUAAAAGUGUUAACGAUACAAAAGACGUUAAUUUCGUGUCUGUGAAAAAAGCAAAACAUUUCAGUCGAAAGUAUGGAUCGCUCCGAUACAUGGAAUGCUCAGCUCUUGAGGGAACCGGUGUAGCGGAAGUGUUCUCGGUUGCUAUGGAAGUAGCGGUUGCGCCUGUGCGUAAAAGGCCACGUAACUUUAUUUCAAGCAUUAAAUCUAUAUUUAGAAAGAAAUCUCAGUCCAAAAGAAAAAUAUUUACUUCAAAGCCGGAUUGUUUUGAGAAUAAGAACAUAUAAUAUUCUGAUAAUACCCGUAUGGUGCAAUAUUUUGUGACUUGCAUGCAUGCAAAGUGGCAAUUUAAAUUUUGUUUAUAAUGUCGCAUAUUUAUUGUGAUAUUUCACUAUAUAUAUUUAAAUAAGAUAUUUUGUUUUAUGAUAGACACACUAAUUUUUACAAUAUAUGUAUACUUGUGUAACACUUAAAAAAUAAUUUUUUGAAAUAUUGUUAAUUCUACAAUCCUAUAAUGUGUUUUUGCUUCAAGAGAAAACGUCAUCACCCAUUAUAUUUCGUAUUCGAUCCUCAAAAGAUAUCAAUGUAGUCUAUUUUCACCCAAAGCUCAAUACCUCAUGUCGAAAUUGUAUACAAUUUUCAUUUUCAAUCCCAAUGUAUACAUCACAGCGUCUGAGUUGUGCCAUAUUGUUUAUGGUGUAAUCAAGUUACGAUACAGUAUACAGCGUC